UUAAACCUUCAACCCACCAACUCAUAUUUAGUGUUAUACAUUACAAAUAAUACAUGUAGUUAGAUUAGUUAUCUUAGAAUUUCUUUUAUAACGCGUGGAGACUUACAAAAUUUGUAAUCUUUACUCGUAGACCAGAUUUUCACAAUGACAGACAUAAACCUUACUGCCAUACUAUACGAAAAAGAUGAUUUACGUUUGGAAGAUCAGCCGAUUCCUGAACCUGGCCCCGGACAGGUUCAGCUUAAAAUGGAGCAAGUAGGCAUAUGUGGAUCAGAUGUGCAUUAUUGGACACAUGGGAGAAUCGGAGAUUUUAUUGUCAAGGCUCCAAUGGUGUUGGGACAUGAAGCCAGUGCUGUGGUAAGCAAGCUAGGACCAGAUGUCACCACUCUUAAAGUUGGUGACAGAGUUGCUAUUGAGCCAGGUGUUCCUUGCCGUACAUGCCAUUUCUGCAAAUCAGGAAGAUAUAAUCUAUGCCCAGACAUGAAAUUUUGUGCUACUCCACCAUAUCAUGGAAAUCUGGCACGCUACUAUGUUCAUGCUGCAGACUUCUGUUUCAAGCUUCCUGAUCAUGUUUCAUUUGAGGAAGGGGCUUUACUUGAACCAUUAUCAGUUGGAGUUCAUGCAACUAAUCGGGCAGGUGUUGGGUUGGGAAAUACUGUGUUAGUUUGUGGUGCAGGUCCCAUUGGUUUAGUCAAUAUUUUAACAGCCAAAGCAAAAGGGGCCUCAUUUGUCUGUGUUACAGAUAUUGAUGAAACAAGAUUAAAUAAAGCUAAAGAAAUAGGAGCUGACUUUGUUGUGAGAGUAGCUAACAGUGAUCCAUCAAAAGUAGCUGAAGAGAUAGAAACUGUCAUGGGAACCAAACCAGACAUCACUAUUGAAUGCAGUGGGGCCGCGAAAAGUAUUCAGACUGCCAUAUAUGCUACAAGAUCAGGAGGAGUUGUGGUUCUUGUUGGCCUUGGUCAAGACAUUGUUGAAGUGCCUGUGGUUAAUGCUGGAGUAAGAGAAGUGGAUAUCAGAGGCAUAUUCAGAUAUGUGAAUUGUUACCCAACAGCAUUAGCAAUGGUUGCAUCUGGAAAAGUAAAUGUCAAACCUCUAAUAACACAUCGCUUCAAGCUUGAGGAGUCUGUAAAGGCCUUUGAGGCUGCCAAAAGGGGUGAAGGAAUUAAAAUUAUGAUAGAAUGCAGUCGGAGCUAAAAGA